AUGGCAGACCCCAACCUCGCCGUGAUCAUCUUCCUCGUCGUCCUUCUCACGCAGGUCGUUGCCUGGAUUGGCAAGAGCGUCCUCCAGGAAGCCGCAUUCUCUGCAUACAGCUCCAUCUUCCUCUCAAAAGCCCACCGUGACCAGUCGCGUCUCCGCAAGCAGGUCCUCGAGGACAAGGCCGAACUCAACCGGACUUCCAGCCAAGACGAGUUUGCCAAGUGGGCAAAGCUCAGGCGUAAGGUCGACAAGGGCAUUGCUGAUCUGGAGAAGACGAACGCCGUGCUCGCCUCGUCGCGCUCGACCUUUGGUUUCCGCUUCAACACUCUUAUCUGGAUUGCCACUACUGGUGCACAGCUUGUCCUUGUCUGGUGGUACCGCCGCCAGCCCGUCUUCUGGCUUCCUGCGCAGUGGGUUCCUGCGCCUGUUGCCUACAUCCUUCGUUUCCCCAGUGCUCCCAAGGGAUCCGUGAGCUCGGCCGCUUGGGGUACCGUGUGCAAGCGUGUUCUCACUUCGGUCGAGGAGAUUGUCAAGCCCUUCUUCCAGCCUGCACCUCCUGUUGCCGAACCUAUGGGCGUGCCCGUCGCCGUGCCCGAGAAGCAGACUGCUACGAUUCAGGAGGUUGAGCAUGAUGGACUGGACUAG